AUGAUGAUGAUGAGUGAUAACGACUUCCAGGCAAAGAUCCGAGCAUUGUUGCCGGCUAAUCCUGACCCCAAUGCUUCCUUCCCCAUGAUGCUCUACAAAAUGCUUGCUGAUAUUGAGGAAUUGGCUCAGAAGCACCCUGAGAUGAAACGACUACGAAAGAUCGUCCGAUGGUUGGAUCAUGGGAUGGCAUUCAAAGUUUAUGACAGGAAAAGGUUCAUUUCGAUUGUCAUGCCCACCUGGUUUAUUCGUCUCAAGCACACCAGCUGGAUUCGUCAACUAAACUUGUACGGUUUCGAUAGGAUCCAGGAAGGACCUGAUAAAGGAGCAAUCUACCACGAAAAGUUUCUUCGAGGACAGCCAGACUUGGCCAGAGGUAUGGAGAAACCAAAGCGCCAAAAGGUCCCUAAAGCCGCCUCCUCGGAUCAGAAACCUCAUCUCAAGGCUCAAUUUUCAGGGGGGAAACAGCAAGCAGGGCAGAAAAAGGAUGCCACCGUGGCAUCACCCGCUUCGGCUCCUUCCCUUCUCGACCUUCGAGACCCCCAGCUCCAGGGGCAAGGUCCGGCACCAGCAGGUUUGCAUGGGUAUCUUGCCAGUUGUGGCGUAACAUUUGGCCAGUCAGGAGCAGGGCAUCAAACUAUGCAAUUCCCUAUAGCUAGUGUUGUGACUACUCCAGGAGGAAUCCCAGCUCUUUUGGUUCCACUGGCAGCGGCGCCAAACGCAGCAGGCAUGUUUUCGGCGCCAACUUCAUAUAUGAUGGGACACCAUCAAGCCUUGGCUCCUGGUCGGGACCAAUUCGUUUCAGCGCCAUCACCCAGCAUGCAAUAUCCGUUUGCCAUGACCAGUGCUGGUAACACUUUGCCGGUUUCCUCCGCCAUGCUUCCUCAUCCACCUCAGAAUAAUGUUGCCCGCAGCGCCAGCAUCAACAUGAGCGAGCAAACGCCACCGGUGCCAGCUGCCGCCGCUGCCAGCAACAACAAUAACACUGAAAGCACCAACGAUAACAGUCAAUUCAAUUUGCAGUUUCCCCACUUUUCCUCCGACUUCCAGUCGCUUCUCCAGGAACCAUUAUUUCAGCCACAAGAGAAUGAUCAGAUCGGCUUGGAUAUUAAUAUGGCGUCGGAAAACUUCUUCGAUAUGGAACCAAUGCCAUUCUCACAGGAGCCACUGGCUGGGGAACCAAUGCCAUUAUCAUUGCAAGGAGGGGAAGAGAAGCAAGGGGAGCCACUGUUGUCGUUCUCGCAAGUACAAGAGCCAACACAAGGGGAUAAUUCACAGGGACAGGAGCCGAGCCAGCAAUCCAACUCUUUCCAACCUGAGGGAGGAUUUUCCGAGUCCACAUUCAAUCCUUUCUAA